AUGCAGCUCUCAUUCAUGCUCUCGGUCGUCGCCGGCUUUGCAGCUGUUGCGUCAGGCUUUCCCAUGGCGGUCCCCCAGAGCCUAGUCACCCGGUCUAGCAAGACAGGCUGCACUCUAAGCCCAGCAGAUUACUGCCAAGGCACGAACAAUACCAACCCACAGUACCUCUGCGGCGACUACCGCCUGGGACCCGUCGUGCUCCCUACCGCCAUCCCGCUCGGCAACCUCAUGAGCGAAUAUGACCGUCUUGGCGGGCUCUGCCCAGGCGAGUUCUUGAAGACGUGGACGAACGCGAGCACGGGCGCGUACAACUACCCUCCGCUUGCCGGCUUCCAGCCCGACACGGCCAGCGCACCGAUCGAGGGAAACCAGACGUUGUCCGUGGGCACGCGUGUCGACCGAUUUGGUUCUGCAUACGGCAGCUACGUCUCCCCCGCGUACGCGCCGUACAUCCAGCGCGCGCUCCCGCCGUCGAACCUGGACACGCCCGCGGGCGAGCCGACGUACCCGUAUAACUACCAUGUCUACGAGGUGCUCAAGCCUUUCGUCGUACUUUCUGGGCCGAUCGCGCCGUGGUUUGGGCAGCCUGGCCAGGGGACGCAAUAUGGAACGCCAAUGAGUGUGGGGGCGCUGCUCAACGCGUCGUAUUUGAGGGAGUUGACGCGGGAGGAGUACUAG